CUGUACAUUUGACGACGUGUUGGUGGUUGGUCAUAAAGGCCUGCGUGUAAAGAAUUAGCUACAUUUUUAAUUCCUCUACCAUGGAGGACAUCAACUCUAACAUAAACGCGGACUUGGAGGUUAGGAAGCUCCAAGAUUUGGUGAAGAAACUCGAACAACAGAACGAGCAGCUCCGGAGUCGUUCCACUCUGCUUUCUUCGUCCGGCGGGAUGUCGGGGAACACUAGACCUCUCAGUGCCGGAUACGAAUCGUCGCUGUCGGCGGGAGCAGCAGCGGGACUUGCCGGGUUCACUGGGGUGGGGUUCGGCGAAACUAGGGGCUACAGUAAUGUUUUGGAAAACUCUCGUUUGAGCCCUAGACGAUCAUAUCAUGGUGUGAGUUAUGGAGGGAGAUACGACAGUGACAGUGCCUCUGGUGCCACAACCAACACUGGUGUCACUUCAUAUUAUCCCGAUUCUGUGGAUUUUAAUGAAGACGGGGAAACUUCGAUUUUAGACGAGGUGGAAAUCCUCGAUCUUGAGGAAAUGGAUUGUCUGAACGAAGAGGAAGAUAGCUGGUUGUAUGAGGCCAAACUGAACAGUCCCCUGCAGAAAGCUCUCAGUCCCAUUGUGUGGUGCAGACAGGCUCUGGAUAAUCCCAGUCCGGACAUGGAGUCGGCCAAGCGCUCCCUCAUCCACAGACUGGACCUUACCAUGUCAGCGAAUAAGAGGCGGAGUUUAUAUGGCAGUUCCUACAGCCCUCAGGUGGGCUACGGAAGCCCGUACAGUACAAACACGGCAAACAGCCCGUACAGCAGUGGCUUCAACUCCCCUUCCUCUACUCCAUCCAGGGUGCCUAUCGUCAAGCAGCUAGUGCUGCCUGGCAAUGCAGGUCACCAGCGUGCUGGAGCCGAACGGAAUCCUCCGGCAGUCAGUCCCCAGUCCUCCGUGGACAGUGAGCUGAGUACGUCUGAGAUGGACGAGGACUCGGUCGGUUCCUCCACCACCUACAAACUCAACGAUGUCACCGAUGUUCAGAUCCUCGCUCGCAUGCAGGAGGAAAGUCUGAGGCAAGAUUAUGCUGCCACCGCAUCACGCCGGAGCUCAGGGUCGUCCUGUCAGUCCCUGCGACGUGGGACCCUCAGCGACCAGGAGCUGGACGCCCAAAGCCUGGAGGACGAGGAGGACGCCGUGCACCCCGCCUUUCACACGCCCGUCAACCGCUUCAGCCCCUCCCCCCGACACUCACCCCGAGUCUCCCCCCGAAAUUCCCCCCGCUCCCGAUCGCCCGCCCGCACGCUGGAGUACAGCCGCGGAUCCCCGCAGCCAAUCAUCAGCCGCCUGCAGCAGCCACGUCACUCACUACAAGGCCACGCCCACGAUCCUCAGACCAAUGCCAUCAAGAACGAAGAAAAACUCAGACGCAGUCUUCCAAACCUCACACGGUCAAACUCCGGACAGAUCCCCGAGCCCGUCAAGAACAGCAGGAGCUGCGAGUCCAACCUGCAAGUGCCAAACGGAGGAUCCCCCAGACACCAGAACCAGUCUGCCACACAGCACCAAAGAUACUCCACCCCUACUACUCGCUCCUCCCCGAAAACCAAAGAGCGUCUCCAGAGUCCUACGUCCCUCAGAGUCCCCUCUGCCAGUAAGUUACGGACUCCAGCCACACCGUCACCCUUGGCCCUGCGCCAGCCUGUAAAGGCCAUGUCUAACCCUGGCUCUGGCGCCUCCACGCCCACCCGCUCCCUGGGGCCCGCCCGCAGCGGCCUGCCCCGCCCCAGCGCCUCUGCAGGAGGGGGUCUACCUUUACCUCGCAGCAAACUGGUCCAGCCUGUGCGCAGGUCUUUGCCAGCUCCACGGACUUACAGCGGCAUCAGGGAUGAGAGCUGGAGGGAGGGCUGCUACUGAGCAUGCCCAGAACUCAGCAGCACAAACAUGCAAACAGUCCAACCUGGCACUUUAAUACCCGGCCUCUUUUACGAGAUGCUGAAAGAUCAAAAAGUCAAAAAUCAGUCAGAAUAUCCUCAUUACAAUCACAGUGGUAAGGAACGCUCUUUUGAAUUGGGAUGUUUGGAUGCGGCAGGCUAGAGUCCAGAAAAUGCCAAAGAUACCAGCGGAAUUCCAGCCUCGUCUGCCACCAGGGGGCGACCUUCCUUACUUACCAGACAGCACCUAUACAGAGAUUUGCAAAUCUUCUCUAUUCCCCUUUUCCCCUCUUCUCCCUUGCAUAUGGAAAUGCCCUACCAAUGUAAUUUGUAGUGUCUCUGUAAAAGGUUUUGUAUGGUAAUGCUUU